CACCGAGCAUGCGCGAGAGCGGCAGGAGGCGCUGCCCCGGGUGCCUUCUUCCGGGCAUCCUCCAGCUUCUGCCCGGACCCUGAUCCCGGCCCCGGCGACCUCCUCCCCGAGCCCAGUGGGCGGGUGGCAGGAAGACGUGCGGAACACUCAGUAUCGGGAGGGUAAACGCGACGUUGUGUGAAAGCACUGCAGUCGCAGUGUAAGUGCUGGCCGGCCGUUACGGGGCAUCGUGGCCCUUCUCAGAGCACCGUCUGGGACCACACUGAUGGACGGAGUGUGCACACUGUGACGGCAGAAAACGUUCACGUCAGUAGAAACCUAAGGCCCAGAGUUGUGUUCUAAAUGUUACUCUCACACUUGACCACAAAAAGGUUUAACCCGAAUGAAAUACUUCCUCGGACCAACAGUUUUCCUUUGUAUGGCUACUUGAAGAUACGGUGUCUUUGGAUUCAAAUACUUUACUGCUUGUUUUUCAUAAAUUCAGGUGACACUACUGAGUGGCAAAUUGAGCCAGGCCUUCUGUGUGCCGGGUGGAAGAAGAAGAGGGAACUGCAAAUAGGAUCAUAAAGUAGCAGCGCUGUGCACCAGUCCUCACAUUCUGUGGCUUCUAAUAGGGGCCUCACUGUUCCCAGACAGUGUGUUACCCCUGCUGCAUCACUGAUUGAAAGUACAUUUGUUCUGCUUAUAUACGUGCAGCUCCCCACAGUUUAAAGAGUUCCUGUGCAUCAGUUUCUAUAAUCCUCCUUAUCCCAGUUUACAGAUGAAGAAAACAAAAGUAGGAGAUUAAAUCAUGUUUCAAAGGUCAGGUAGGUAGUGCAGCUAAGACAGCGCUAAUUCAGAGCCUGGGAAAGGUGCUUUUUCUCCCGGUGCUGCUCUGGACCCGAGCUGUCCUAGCAGCCUUCCAAGGAGAGCAGAGGCCGAGACACUGCUGGACUCCUGUCAGCGUCAAAUACUGGCAGUGUGACUGUGGCCUGAUCACUUGGCUUUUUCUGCUACCAUGAGGAUGGUCGUACUUUCUAAGUUGAUCCCAAGGAUUAACCAAGAUAAUACAUGUAAAAUGCAGUCUGUGGUGACAGUUCUUCACUUGGGGGCUUUUAUGUAUAUAAGCUAAUUAGAUUUCCACCACAGGUAUAGUACUUUCACGGAAAUAGGGUCACCACUGCAGUCAGCUCAGAAAGGGAGCCUAAACAUCUGUAGUUUUAAUUGUUCUUAGUGAACUGUUCUUGAUGAAACUUUUCAUUUCAGGUCUCAAAUUUAAAUCACUUGAAGUUAGUGCUUUAAAAAGUUGUAAGGCAUUAAUUAAGUUCGUGCAGAAAACUCUAUGAAAAGAUUUCUUUGCUACCAUUUUGAUGCUGACAUAAGCUUAAAAUCAUGUCUGUGGUUUAAUGAAAAGUAUGGAACCAGUACUAGAAGUAAAUAUACCACACACCAGUCAAAAGCAGAUACACAUGCUUUUCCAUUUUUAUGUUAUGAGAUACAAAGGCAGCGUGUAACAUACGUGGAAGACAAAGGUCACACGCAAACUCAACCCAGUGAUCUACUACCUGUCAGUCAUACCUCCUUCCCUGGCCAUCACCCACCCCACCAACUGAAUCAGGCGACCAUGGAGAAUGCCGACGGUGCUUGCCGGAGCGGGGCCGAGGCAUCUCCCCUGGCCGAGGGGCCAGCACAGAGCGUCCCUCCGCAGGCGCCCCAGGAGGAGCAGGGCCGGCUUCUCUAUCAUGAGGAAACCAUUGAUCUUGGCGGAGACGAGUUUGGGUCUGAGGAGAAUGAGACCAUAUCAGAAGAUUCUAACAAUUUUGUAGAUAAGCUUAAUGAGCACAUGAUGGAGAGCGUCCUCAUUUCUGACUCUCCCAACAAUAGCGAGGAUGAUGCAGGUGACCUUGGCUGUUUGCAGGAGGUAGUGGAGCCUUCGGGAGGCAAUGCUGAUCCCAGACUGGAGACUCUUGUGGGUAAGGCAGCGAGUGACACUCUGAGCAAUAACAGUGACAGUGAAGGAGAGGACAUGCCUGGGGGCCUCUCCGAGGCAAACCCGGACAGAAGGGUGCCAUUGAAGGAAGAUCCAGAGCAAGACGUCAGGGGUGUGCCGUCCUCCAGGGCUGAAGGCACGCCGGGCCCGGGGUCAGGCCUGCCAGCCCAGGGGCCGCCUCCCAGGGACGAGCCUGUCCCCGUGUGCACCAUCUUCAGCCAGCCCCAGCCAGCCCCGUUUCUGCGUGACGGCUUCGAGUCGCAGAUGGUGAAAUCUCCUAGUUUCAGCGGCGCCAGCGAGGCUGCAGCCAAGACCCCUCCCCAGGUGGUCCAGCCCAGCCCCAGCCUGAGUAAGUUUUUUGGAGACACGACCAGCACAAAUUCCCUGGCCUCAGACUUCUUUGAUUCCUUCACAACUUCCACCUUCAUUUCUGUCAGUAAUCCUAACGCAGGCCCUCCAGUUCCAGAAAAAUCAUCCUCACUCACAACUCCGGUGCGGGGAAAAAACCCGGGUUCUGCCGAUCCUUCCUACUCCCCAGGGACUGAAGGGUCAGAGUCCAGGGUGUCCAUGGCUUCUCUCGAAGUCCCUCCAUCUCCGAAGCCGUUCUCCCAGAUCCAGGCUGUGUUCGCAGGGAGCGAGGACCCCUUCGCCACUGCCCUGAGCAUGAGUGACAGGGACCGGAGGGGCGAUGCCUGGCUCCCCGGGGAGAGCACCAGGGAGGUCCUGGUCGCAGUGGCCACCCAGCAGCACAGCACGGUGUUCGUAGACAAGGAGAGCCUCACCAUGCCAGGCCUCAAGUUUGAUAACAUCCAGGGAGAUGCAGUUAAAGACUUAAUGCUCCGCUUCCUGGGUGAGAAGGCGGCAGCCAAGAGGCAGGUCCUGACUGCCAGCUCCGUGGAGCAGUCCUUUGUUGGACUGAAGCAGCUGAUCAGCUGCAAGAACUGGAGGGCGGCGGUGGACCUUUGCGGGCGCCUCCUCACGGCCCACGGCCAGGGCUAUGGCAAGAGCGGGCUGCCGACCAGCCACACCGCGGACUCCCUGCAGCUCUGGUUUGUGAGGCUGGCGCUGCUGGUGAAGCUCGGCCUUUUCCAGAAUGCCGAGACGGAGUUUGAGCCCUUCGGGAACCUGGACCAGCCAGACCUGUAUUACGAAUACUACCCGCACACAUACCCUGGGCGCAGGGGCUCCAUGGUCCCCUUUUCAAUGCGGAUCCUACACGCAGAGCUUCAGCAGUACCUGGGGAGCCCUCAGGAGUCCCUGGAUAGACUGCAUGGAGUGAAGGCUGUCUGCAGCAAGAUCCUCACAAAUUUGGAGCAAGGCUUAGCUGAAGACGGGAGUGUGAGCAGCAUCUCGCGGGAGAGCAGACAAGGUCAGUGGCCGGACCCCCUCGCCGGUGACUGUCGGGGGCCAUCCAGAGCCAGCCCCAAAGGCUCUUGGCUCUCAUCCUCCAGUUCUCUCCUGGCUCUGGUUCCAUCCUUCCAUGCGUGCGUUCCCCGUUCCUCCUCUGGGAAGCCAAGGCCACACCCGGUGCUGUGAGGCCGCAGGAGCUGAGCCAGGUGCGUGCGCCCAGCGGAUGACAGACGGACAGACAGACGGGAGAGCAGGGCUGGUCUCCGGGGAAAAAGACAGCCUGAAGAGUUGAGAAGUGCGCUGGGGCGGGGUGGCAGGUGCCUGCAGGGAGUCGGCUUUGAUUCUGUGUCGUCCUGUCCUGCAGCCUCACGGGUGAGGGCACCUGUGACCUUGCAGGCGGCACUUCUGUGCCCUCAUCACAUUGCUCCUCACAAAGCCUGCACAGCAGAGAAAAUAGCCUCCUCCCAUUCAGAAGGUGAUGACCCAGGCCGUGCUAACCUGCGCUCAGCGCUGCAGCCCCGGCCUGCUGGUGGGAGGGAGGCCAGAAGGCCUUGCAGAGCCGCUCUGGGCUGGGGGCCCUCCCCGGCUCACUGUCUCGCCAUUGAGCAGUCAGGCCGGGGCAGGCCCGUGCACAGGCUCUCUGGGUGCUGCGUCUAGAGACCAGGCCCUGGUGGGGCCGUGCGGCUGCCUGCCCUGAAGCCCAGUGGCCACCCUCUGGUUUAUUUGUUUGUUUGUUUAUUAUUAAGACAUCAUUGAUAUACACUCUAAUGAAGGUUUCACAAGAAAAACAAUGUGGUUAUUACAUUCACCCUUAUUAUCGAGUCCCCCCCAUACCCCAUUGCAGUCACU